AUGAUUUGCGCUUCGAGAACCGAGGAACCGCCCAAGAGCGCUGCGUACAACCAGAGCCCGAACGCACUCUCGAAUGAUCUCACCACCAAUCAAGACCUCAAUGGCCUCGCAAAUUCGAGGGAAUUGAGACGGACUGAUCCCCCACCGAUAGAGAGUGCGGGACAGAGCUCCGAUCCAGCCUCCGGCACUGGCCUCGACACCACCCCGGACCCGGAGAGUCUUGGCUCUGUGCUAGCCAAUCGCCAGUCCCUCAAUGGUCAGGCAUUCAGCACACCCUUUGGCGCCUGUGAUACAGCACCACCAGAUCCUCCAUCUGGCCCCGAUGGCGAUGGCAGCGACGGUGGUCGCCGGGUGCCCGCCAGCGUCUUCAGCAGAGUUAAGCACUCUGUGCUGACGUUUGGCAAAUUUGUCGGGCCAGGGUUCAUGAUCGCCGUUGCGUAUAUCGAUCCUGGCAAUUACUCGACCGACAUCGCCGCUGGAGCAACUUACCGCUUCCGCCUGCUUUUCAUUGUCCUUUUGAGCAACCUUUUCGCUAUUUUUCUUCAAAGUCUGUCCAUCAAACUGGGCACUGUCAGCGGCCUCAACCUGGCCGAGGCUUGUCGUGCCUUUUUGCCAAGAUGGCUCAAUUACUUCUUGUAUUUCUUGGCCGAGGGAGCUAUCAUAGCUACUGAUAUCGCAGAGGUCAUCGGUACGGCGAUUGCCCUUAAUCUUUUAAUUCCCCAAUUACCCCUUGUCGCCGGGUGCGCUAUAUCGAUUGUCGAUGUCAUGAUCAUUCUGAUCUUCUAUCGGCCCUCCGGUUCUAUGAGGGGGCUCCGUGCCUUCGAGGUCUUUGUCAUGUUUCUUGUUCUGGCCGUGGUGGUUUGUUUCUGCAUCGAGCUGUCCAUCAUCAAGGACACUUCCGUUGCCGACGUGUUUCAAGGGUACUUGCCCUCAAGGGCUAUUGUGGAGCAACAGGGCCUUUAUCAAGCGUGCGGAAUUCUCGGCGCUACGGUCAUGCCUCACAGCCUGUACCUUGGCUCUGGUAUCGUGCAGUCUAGACUCCGCGACUACGAUACCAAGCGCGGUCUCCUCCCGGUCCGCCCAAGCUCGGCGGCCUCUUCGCUUCACGAUAGCGACGAGAAGGGGAUGUACAUCCCCUCCAUGGCGGCGAUUAAACAUUCGCUAAAGUACUCGAUUACCGAACUUGCCGUGUCUCUGUUUACCUUUGCACUGUUUGUCAACUCGGCCAUUCUCAUCGUGGCAGGGGCUUCCCUGUACCAGAAUGCCGAAGCGCUGGACGCAGAUAUCUUUGGCAUCCACGACUUGUUGUCGACCAGUCUGUCACCUGCAGCAGGGACAAUCUUCGCCCUCGCCCUCCUGCUGUCCGGUAUCUCGGCCGGGAUUGUCUGCACAAUAGCAGGCCAAAUGGUGAGCGAGGGUGCACUGAAUUGGACGCUGAAGCCUUGGCUGCGCCGACUCAUCACCCGAUCCAUCAGCAUUACGCCGUCCAUCAUCAUUGCUGGAGCUGUGGGACGGAAAGGCCUGGAUGCCGCUCUGAACGGAACUCAGGUGGCGCUAAGUAUCGUUCUGCCGUUUGUCACAGCACCUCUGAUAUACUUCACGUGCCGCAACAAGUACAUGACGGUCCUCCCUGGAAACGCAAGAUUCCGAGGCUCGCCAGCCACAAGCGGAAGCGACUUGGAGGUUACUUCCCCCAGUGACGCGAGGCCGGUCCAGAUGGGCAACUCGUGGCUGGUUGCGGGAAUUGCUGUUGUGGUGUGGUUGAUCAUGGCGGCCAUGAAUGUUGCGAACUUGGUUCUCCUUGGCCAGGGCCAUUCAUCAUAA